AUGAAUCGUAUUCGAAAUCUCAUAGGCCAUCAGAGAUCAGGAACGACAAGUGAUCAGCAGGAUUCUAACGAACAGCAGCCAGUUGCGAUCAAUAACGAUGUAGAUGACCAAUCAACGGUAUUCGGCGAUCAGAGCGAUGAAAUUCCAGAUACAGUAACUUUAAACACGGUGGUUUCAGGUAGUUUGACCAUAGGGGAUUUUCAGAGACAGGGAUUUGUCAAUCGAUGUCCAACUUUCAAUGCUGCACGUACGAUGCCUUUAGCAUAUGUAUUACUAACCAAAGGCUUCUUCUGCUUCCCCAGUGAGAAAGCUUAUGAGAAGUUUUUGGAUAACAACAGAACGUUUAACACGCUUGAUACAAAUGAAGGGUUGGGAAUUCCGCUGUUUCACGCUAUAUCAGCAGGUGUGAUCAAGACUAUGUUCAAUAGACAUGCUCCCAUAAUGAGAAUUUACAAAUACAUGAUUAUCGACACAGAUACAGAGAAACCUCCAAAAGAUGGUACAUUAGUCGCCCAGGAUGGAUCUAAAAUGCUUUACAAGUAUCUUUUUUGCACAAUCUACCAAGAAUUAAUGAAUGAUUACAGUCGUGUCGAGCAUAAGUUCGUCUUCAGCGGUGAAACUGCGCCAGAAAAUAUAGUACUGGCUAAUUAUGUUUUAACCCGGGGUACGGAUACCAAGAUGCAGGGUUUAAAUUUACGUUGGUACGGAACCACCGGUUUUGCUUCACCUUUUGGUGCAAGCGUCCUCAAGCUAUUGGUUCUCGAUGACGGAAUGCCGUCAAUGAUGGAUCAAUGCAAGCUGGAAGAGUUCGAAGAGUAUUCGAAAUCUUAUAAGGGCAGAUCUUUGGGGAAGUUGCCCAUUUGGGCCACUUAUUCAGAUAAGUGCUCCACCAUGAUACCAAAGAAGCGCUCCUUGAGACUCGCAGAGUUUAAUGUGGGCGAAACUGGUCGUGAGUGUUCACGAGGAAUAAUAGACAUUCCAAUCGAAACACAGGCACUGGCUUGUAUGUGUAUGGUCCUGCAUGAUUUUGAAAGCAGGAAGGAUAGACGUGGCGGUGGUGCGAUGGUUCUACCUGCAGUUCCUUUUAUUUAG